UACAAAUGAAAUGCCAAGUUAUGGUUUUCAAUCGUUUUCUCAUUAACAAACAGGAUCAACAAAUGAGCAGAAGAGGUUCUAACACUGCAACUUAUUAACAGAUACUGAAUUGAAGAUGAAGAGUCCAGGUCGAGACACACUGACGUCAAUAAAUGACGCCAAUAUCACACUGCCUUGCGGAGACUGAAGAAUGUCUAUUGUGGCGAUAGACGUUCAUAUAUGACGUAGAUAUACGCAGAUGAGAACGGCCGCGUCUCGAUCCCUGCAUUCCAACGUGUCCAACCACUUGCCCGUGCCUAGGAAGAUCAUGAAGAACGCAGGGAGAUCUCAGUUCCUAAGUAUCUGCGGGCAGCUGCACCUUCUGCCCGAUCUCUGACAGGGCCACAAGCAUAUCGGCAAACAGAGGAAGCAGGGCGUUGUCCCCCGAGUAACCCCGGGGCUUCUCUGCGGGAGCGCCGUCGAGAUGGCCACGAGGCUCGCGAGGCAGACCGCCACCAGGAGCGAGAGCGAGGGGAGCUUCAUGCUGGUAGGACGUGGCCGAGAUCCGUCGUCUUUGAGACCAGGAGCUCCGUGCGAGGCUUAUAUACACCGCCGGAUGACGCCACACACGCAUACACAACCCCUAACCUCCACAAUGUUGCUGAAAUCUCCAUAUGAACCUCUGGUGCGAGAACUCCUAGGAGGGUUAGAACCAGAUGUUUUGCGAGGCCUUGCACUCACUGCCACCAACAACCGCAUCCAUCCAACAAAUUGUAAAGAAGCAAUAGAAAUUAUCCUCAUGCAUACAGAGGACCUUGGCAAAUUUUUUUCAUACAGACGGAUCAAAGCGCAAAUUCUGUUUGUAUACCUGCAUCAUCAUAAUGUACCAGCAAAUGCACACUCAAGCAGGACACAGCUGGCAGUGGCAGUGCAGCAGUUUUGGAUGAAACGUCUCAAUAGUGGCUCCACUAAAAGAAGAAGCCAUACUAAAUUUCCAGAUCAGGCAAAUGGUCACAAAAGUCUUGAAUACAAACCAGAAAUGGGAAAUCCACAAUAUCCUGUUCCAACAAACCAGCUGCAGGUAGUAAACAAGCAGAAUCAGGCUCUUGCCAGUCUUGAGGUCGUCAGCCAAGAAAAUGAUGUUAAAAAUAGACAAGUAGCCACACUAAAUAACGAGGAUACUUUAUCACAGAUUGAGCUUACAAAGAAAGUGAAAUCUGAUGAUUUUGCUAGAGUGUUUUGUGAAUGGUAUUAUAGUAUGAUAAACCGCCUGCAGCCAGUGUGUUCUCAUCAGCCAGGAGAUACGUUCAGAGAGUCAGUGUUCUGCAAUAAUAGCUCAGUAGAUAUGUAUCUCAUUGGCAGCGGAAGAGAGGAAAAGCAUACCUCAGGACAAGCCAACUGCUACGCACUUCUCCGAGAAGUCUUCGGACAGACUGGACUUCUUUUUUCUCCAAAUCUGUCAAGUGGAAUUCAGGCUCAGAAAAGUGAGCACGGCAUGAUCAGGAUUUUCUCAUGCGGAACCCUUCAUAAAGCUAAUUCAUUUGUGGGCAUUUAUGAACAAGAGUUUGGGCUUAUCUUCUGCCCAGUGGACCGAGCAUGGAAGAUAAUGUAUACUAAAGUUAAUUUGAAACACACAAGCGUUGAACCACAAAUGCCAUCCCUUCCACCGUCUGAAGUGUUUGCAAUAGAACAGAGUUAGAAAAAGUAUUACGCGAAUAAAAAAUUAUAAAACUUCGUCUUCAUUGAAUAGGAUUGUCCAGAUAAAAAUGUGGAUUGCAGUUUUUCCAGGAACUUUUACACUUUGUAAACAAGAUUAUAUUAUGUGUAUAUAAUGGUAUAUUUUUAGGCUGCAGUCCCAUCUAAUAUACAUCAGAUUUAUAUUUUAACCUUGAAAACAAGGGAAUUGGUGUCUUUUCUUGGAAUAAAAUGUAUAUUGUUAUUUAAAACUCAUGCCAGCGCUCAUUGAAUGUGUGUGUGUAUAUAUAUAUAUUUAAAAAAAAGUCCCUUUCACUCCAGUUCCUCAAAAAAAGUAUCUCAGGAUCCACAGUGGAUCCAGAGGGAGUUAAUGGUCUAGCAUUGCAAAAAGGAAAGUAGGAUUGUGAGAUUUUUUUGAUUAGAAAUUUUUUGUCGAGUGACCCCUCCAGGCUGUGAUUUAGACAUAAAGUGACAAGCCCUUCACAGCUGAUCAGUCGCAAUGAGCACUGACAGGAGAGCAAAGUGGUUGACUUUGGUUUACCACCAUCACUGAUAUUCUGUAAUUCUAGAUGGAAAGUGUUAAAAAUAGUGACCAUGUUUUUGUUUGUCAUAACUUUAAGAACGUCAGUAUCAACUGCCUUCAGAAUAAAGCUUUCUCUUUUUUUCAUGCAUGAAUUUCUUUCCAAAACACAAGGUCCUGUCGAGAAUAAAAGCCCUAAGGAAAUGUU